UGUUCUGUUCCACCGCACAUGUACACUCACAGGUGCUUGGCAUCAUCACUGAAUUGCCCUUGACUCGUAAUUAGUUUCUUUUCGCCUGACUGACUGGGAUUCCCGCACCAGUAAAGAUUUUAAAAUGUCCAGACAAAGGAUGUAGACAACAAAGAGUGCCAGCCCAGUAGUGUUGUUUCUCUUUGCAUGGUUACCAGACUUCUUUUUGCUCCCCGUAGUAAGGAACAGUUGUAAGAUGUUUACUAAGAGGACAUCACCGCAGUAGGCGGUAACAUACGUGUUACCUUGGACUCCCCUCAGUUCCCCCUAUUCAUGUGCGGAAUCUCAUUGUUGGUGGGAACAUCAUUCAAGCUGGUGUUUUAAGGCCGGAGGGAGGCUCCCAGUUCAUUAGAGCUGUGUUUCGAGGGUUGGAGUAAGAGAGGGGUACUACGUCUUGUCCUGACAGCGAGCUGUGGUGAAUAGUCCCAGAAGAUUCACAGAGUUUCGGGGAAAGGGCCAAAAGGCAGUGGAGUGGCUGAAGUGCUGCGGAGAAGAGAAACCGGAGGAAGAUGGCACCUGCCACCAGUUUGGUUUUUGCCUGGUUACUCUUCACCAUGAGGAUGGUCAGCUCGGCUGUGUAUCUGGAGCCUGGGGAGGAGGAGCUCAAUGAAACUGUCAUAUGCACCAAUGAUCAUAUGGAGGUUAUUAUUCCCACUGCUUUUUUCCUCAACAAAGAGCCUCCAGUUAACGUUUGGGAUUUGCAUUUAAAUGAUCCGGAGUGUCGUGGCGUCGAGGUCGGAGACGACUACGUUUUCAGCAUAAAGAAUCUCUCUGACUGCGGCACCAUAAUGGCUUCAGAUGAUACACACAUCAUGUUCAUAAACACCAUACACAAUAACGAUUCGGACAUUAUAACAAGAAACUAUAUCAACAUAACAUUUGUGUGCCGCUACCCCAUCAACUACAUGGUCCAACAACCCAACGGGGAAAACAUGAUUAGAGUGGACGUCAGAACCAUCACUCUGAACACAGAGGACGGGAACUUCUCAGUGUCGAUGUUACUGUACAAAGACGAAGCCUUUGAGAACAGAUGGACUACUGUGCCAUCACUGACCCUGGAUGAUGACAUUUUUGUGAAAGUUUUCAUGAUACCGGCUCACCUGAUGCUGCGUAUGGAGAGAUGCUGGGCUACACCGACUAGUGAUCCAUACAGCAACAUUCAGUAUACCUUCAUCAGAGACAGCUGCCCGCUGCUGACAAACGAACAAACCCUGAGUGUGCUGAAGAAUGGCCAGGGUCCAGAGGCCAUGUUCAGGAUUCAAAUGUUCAAGUUUGUGGGCAGCUCUUACAGCAACGUCUUCCUUCACUGCAACGUCCAGAUCUGCCACAACGCGCCGGGGCUGUGCCAGCCCAACUGUUCCAGUGAAGAUGGAUUAAUGAGGACGCGGAGAGACAUCCCUCUGUCCCACACAGUGUCUUAUGGACCAAUCAGACGACUACUAAACAAUAGUGAAAAGCCCAAACUAAACACAGGCGGAGUCCCUCCUGUGGAGACCUUUGUCCUCGCAGGGCUGCUGGUCGUCUUGCUGCUGAUCACGGGGGUGUUUGGGAGGCUGUGGCUUCGUUCCAGACGUUUCUACCCAGCGCAAGAGGCACAGCUCACCUUGUCCAACAUUCACCACAUCUCGGAGGUGGCCUCAUGAAUCAGGGACCUUUUUAGAGCUGACAAAUGGACAUAGAAAAACACACAUUUGCACAUGUGUGAUUUAUGAUAAAAAUGAAAAUCUUGCAAAUGUUUCUCUUUAUAAAAUGAUUUUCUUCAUUUGUAAGAAAUCAACUAA